GGCUGGGGGGUGGUGAUGCUCGUGGCAGUGGGGGCGGCAGCAGCAACACCGGCGGCAGUGCUGCUGCUGCGGCAGCCCCGCUGGCUGCAGCCGGAGACUCACUGACACCGCAGUUGCUGGAGGGUCUUCUGACGAGGGUGCUGUACGGCAUGCGCUCCGGAACCGUGGACGGGUCGGAUCUCAGUAUGGCGCUCUGGUCGCUUGCAGUGCUGCUGCUGCUGCGCCCCGCCUUGCGCCAACAACUACAACUGCACCCGCAUACAACUCACACGCGACUACCUUCUUUACAUUCUCUUCAGCCCCCUCUGUCUUCUCCUCCCUCUUCCUCGACUGCUAGCUCUCCUGCCACAUCUGCUGGAAGUAGAGAAACAGCAGCAGCGACAGCAGCCGCGGCGGUGCAGCCAAGGGUGGUAGCCGUGUCGGUGUCAGAGUGGUUAGAAGCCUGGUGGCAGGCUGCGAGUGACCCACGGGUCAUCGGGACCUUUUCCGCCACCUGCAUUUCCCAGUCACUCUGGGCCGCUUCGCAACUGAAGCUCCUUCUGCAGCUAGAUGAAUCCAUGACUUCAUCUUCCAAGAGCAACCAAGAUCUCCCCAUGUACGGAAACAGCAACAGUAACGACUCUAACGACGACAACGCUGGCAGCUGCAGCAGUAGCGGUGCGAGCGGAGUGGGUGGCGGUGGUGCUGGGGAUGCCAACGGCAGUUCUUCAGGUCAUGCGGUCCAUGCUGUCCAUUUGGGUCAUGCCGGAGUGCCGCCUGCUCCGCUGCUAGCGGCGCUUCUGUCACGGAUGACCGAGGUGAAGCGCUCCGCAAGUGCGGCGGAGCUGUCGACACUCAUCGCAGCACUUGCGGAUCUGCAGUACAGGCCUUCCGACGCCUGGAUGACCUUGUUCGCCGCGGAGGCCAGGCGGCGGUUGGGAUCUCCAACCGCCGCUAACGAAGAUCACGGCCUCAUCGCCUACGGACUUGCCGUACUGGGCUGGCCGCUUGAGGAGGACUGGAUCAAGGACCUGGCUGCCUGCGGCUAUCUGCGCAUGCCGGCUACCAGCGGCGAGGGGCUGGCACUGCUGCUGUGGGGGCUCAGCCAGUACGGCUGGAGUACGGACAGCCGCCGCUUCUGGAACACGGUGCUCAGGGAGACGGGUUCCAAGUGGGACAGCUGUAGCGCCCGGGGUGCCGUACUGUUGUACUGCGCCGUGGCUGACAUGCUACCCCCGGACAUGGAACCCCCCCUGCAGUGGCAGCGGCAGCUAGCCAAGGCCCUGCGGCUGCGGCUACCUCGCCCGCCCCACGCCGCACUCAUACCCGCCGCCCUCAGAGCCGCGGCAGGCGGCUGCCUGGGGCCCUCACCGCUGAGGCUCCGAAGCGCCGCAGCAGUGGCGGCAACGACCGCCGCAACCCCCGCGGCAGGCGACGGCGGCGGCGGCGGCGGCGGCGGCAGCGGUGAGCUGUACGGCAGCAGUGGCGGCGGCGGUGGUGGGUCUGGCGCCGUCAGCAGUGGCGGGGCGCAGCGGCAGAGGAGCAAAGGCAGCGCGUUGGAGGCAUCGCUUCGGGCAUCCGCAGCGGCGGCGAGGGAGGAGGGACGAGGAGGAGUAGGAGGGCUGUACGGCAAUGAGACGGAUGAGGAGGAGGACGAGAUGUACGGCAGAAGGACGGAUGGCUACGAGGGUGAUUACUAUGACGGCGAGGAGGAGGCGGAAGAGGAGGAGGAGGACGCUGGUCCUGAACAGCCUGAGGAGUGGGACGAGGAGGA